GUUGACUGCUUUCGUUUGGCAUAAUCUAGGCCUUUUUGUUCGCAAUCUACUGCUAUCUAGAGGCAAUGGCGUCUUCACAACUGAGCCAGGCAGAGCGCUUCACAGAAGUAAACUCAGAUGUAAAACCAACAUUGACGGCCCGAGGUCUGUUUUCAGGUCCUGAGCCGGAUGAUGACCCCAAUUUGGAGAUGUAUGAAGUAGCAGGCAGGGUAGUUUUUGACUGGCACUGUAGCAGAUGGAUACUUUGGGGCUCUGAUGCAACUGCAAGUAUGGCGUCAACUCCUCACAUGGCAUUGUUCCCACAUUCCCGGUAGAUAGGCGCGAGCAUUCCUUUUCUGAGAUAUGACAUGCUUCAGAUGCUCACGUCAAGCUGCGACGAGUCUAGGAAAUGAUGGCCUUUCCUCUAUCUUUUCCAUUCUUAUCGACCACGUCAU